AUGGCGACUCGGGCCUCUUUCGGCCAGCCUGUUGUUCCUGGCGAGGCCGUCGUGUCCAACGAAGCGGUUAUGCCUGGUGCCGUUAGCGCGGCUCCUUCUCACUUCACCAUCUCUAAUUCCUACAUGGCGACCGACAUCCUUUCCAUGUCUUACCCGGCAGGGGACGAUCAGACUCUCUUCGGUUUCAGCCCAGUUUCUCCUUCGCUACCGAGCUGGUCGGCGAAACAUGACCCGCAGGUUUUCACCAAUCCGGGUCUUGAGCGAGGCCUGAAGAACUCGCAUGUGCGCAACGGUCAACCCACGCCCCCUCCAUAUGACGACAAGAGACUCAAUUCGGUCGACGAAUUCUAUUCCUUGUCUCAUCUCCAGUCGUACGACGGGGCUGCUGUCUAUUCCAACCCAACUCCCCGUGCAAGCUUCAGUCAACCGGCUGCUUCGGACGCGCGUCAACCAGCGCCCAGGCGUCGCAAGACUAAUGGCACACACAACUCGUCUUCCCCCGAUGCCGAUGACAAGCUGAGCGAGAAAGCGAAGCGUGAGAAAUUCCUGGAGCGCAAUCGGGUGGCAGCGAGCAAGUGUCGCCAGAAGAAGAAGAGGCAGACGGAGGAUCUCCGCGAGCACUUCAAGCGUCUCUCCCACCAGAAGGAUAACCUGACCCGUCAAAUUGACGCCCUACGUAGCGAGAUCCUCAUGUUCAAAAACUACUUACUCGAGCAUGCCCAGUGCAAUGAUGAGGCUAUUCAAUUGCACCUCAGCACCAUGGUGAAGAACAUUACCCAGCAGGACUCACUCGGGGCGUCCGCCCUAAAAACGGACCUGAAUGCUCUGACCCCGUCGAGCUCGAGUAGGGCGACCCGCUCGCAGGACCUCUCCUUUGGCUUUGAUAGCCCCAUUCAGAUUCCCUCAAAGAUGGGCUCCCUGGAACCCACUCCUCGCCGAGACUCAGAGCAGACCCUCGCAAGUGACGCGUCCUUCUCCUUCUCGACUCCCAACAAUGACGGCUUCGAGGAUUUGCUCGAUGUCUAG